ACAGGACGAGGGAGGCUAGACUUGUUUACAUGGUCGAAUCAGCUGAUCCAUGCCACGUAGUGUUGUGAUUGAAGUUAUUUCACGCGUCUCUUCUAUGAAAUAUCGAGGAACAGAGCACAGGACUGUCAUAGAUGAUUAACCUGCACCUGCGGCAAGCGCGAUGGAGAUUUGUUGUAUUAUUGAAGAAAGCGCCAAUACUUCCUGACACAGUGUGGCUGCAGGUCCGUGGUUUGUCCUCAGCAGAAGUUGCCACUGCCCUGCGACCUUUCUACUUUCUUGUCCAUCCAGAUCUGUUUUGCCAGCACCCACGAGCCCAGCACAUCAAUGAUUCUUCCCUCAAACUCCUUAACAAUCACCUUGACCUGCUCAUCCAGGACCAGAAGCCAAGUCCUGUUAGCCUGCAGUUCUAUGUCAGAAACAAGAACUUGGAAGGCAACCUCCACACAGUUGACCUUUGUCUCAACAAGCCGUCACUGAGAGACACCGUCCAUGGGAUUCUCAGCGUCUUCCAUCUCCCCACCAAGUAUGUGGACAGCCUCCCAGAGCAAUCCCGCAAGCCAGACAGGAAGAUUAAGUGGUCUCGCUCCUUCUAUGAUGCUACUGGUGUCUUCAAUCCAGAGGAGGAGUUUUCCACUGCUCGGAAAAAGGAGGAUCUAUAUUCAUGGCUCAUCAAGAACAUGGGAGAAGCUGAGAAGCGACUGGCAGUGAGUGAGCCCAUUCGGCAAGAUAUUGUGAAUCUUCAGGCAGGGCUGAUACAUGAGCUUGGGCUAACAAAACUCACCUGGCAGAGAGGUCUGGGCACCACACACCUGCGAGGGUGUCUGCAGGGACUUCGUUCCUUGAUGAUGCACCAUCAGGAAGUGAAAGACAUCCUGAAAGGCAGAGCGAUUCACUUCGGCAAUGAGACAGGUGUGAGCUUUGAAGGCGGUGUUGUCCUCAGCACAUCAGAAGUUCGGAAUCAGUGGCUGAAGCUGAUUGUCAGACUUCCUGAGCAAGAUGCCGUCCUCCAACGCAUACCAGGCAUGCAGAAGGCUGUUUCAAAUGCUUUGAGGGAUAUCAAAAUUACACACAGAAAGUACCAGUCAUAUGUCCUUUUAGAAAACUACAUCCAGCACCUGCGUCGUUUAGUCACAGCACUGGGAGACUACAGGGGCCGUGAUGCCUUCCCUAAGACCUGGCCAGAGUCUCUAUCCUCCUUGGAGCUUGUAGUGGAGUCAGCUGCAGGACCACUGAUGUUGUCUCCUACGGGUCAGAUUUUGGCACCUUCAUCCUGUCCUCCUUGGUUGUUGGUUAAUUUCAUCACAGAGAAUAUGGAGCAGGCUGAGAAAACAAUCAAUGACUACCACAGCAUCAGAGACCAGGAGAAGCAGCUAUAUGAACAGUGUAAGAAGGAGCUUGGCCUGGAGUUUCUGGAGAAGGAUGACUCAGUGAUGCCCGCUAUGAUGAUACAAUGCCUCGAGCGUCUCCUGAAGGACACCUACCGCCUUUCCCCACUGCUGACUGGUGCAAGACUCUGGGUGACACAUUACUAUGCUGUUAUGUUGGAUGGAGAAGUGUGUAUACCAUGGGAGUGGAGCUAUGGGUAAGAGACUGAGAGGUGGACAAGCUCACUACCAGGGUAAUCAUUAAUUUAGAUUUGCUGUUACUUGCUGGUGUCAUACAAAUUGAAGUAAAAAUCAAGAUAAUUCCUGAAGCAAAGCUAUAAACAGAGGGUGUGCUUGUGUUGUUUUGAUUACAUCGUUGCUUCUGAGUCUUCACUGGUUAUUUUAUUGGUAAGGAUUAUUUUUCUAUUUGCAUUCCACUAUCUCUGAUAAUCGAUUCUCUCAGGGAAACCACCUCUAUGGUAUGGCUCCAGCAUUAGUAACAGCAUAAAAUUUUUCCUUUCUUUUAAUGAAAAAGGGCUGUAGCCAAGUACACUAAAAGGGCUAAAAGAAAAAAGGACCACUGCUUCUGUUAUGAAGUUAUGAUAUCUUCAACUUACAAAACAUGAAAUUUACACUACACAAAAGUGUAUCUCAGUUUAAUUUCUGAGUCUAGAAAGGAAAUAAACAGUAUAUGUGCAUGGUUAUAAUAUGGACUGUGAAGAGCUCUGCUAAUAUCACUGAACUCCAUCAGAAGCAUUGUACCAAAGUCAACCAUCAGCCAAGAAAAAUAAGAAAAUUAAAGUAUAUACAGUAGUUUCAAGAAGAGGGCAACAAUCACAUUUUUGUACAUAAUAACAUGUGGAAUGCCUUAAGAUACUCACUUGUUGUGAAAGAUACUGGUCUGAUGUAAAGAUUGAUUAUUGCUUCAAUUUACAUUUAGAAAUGCAUUAACAAAAACAGGGGAGCAAAUUAUUUCUCCAAUUCAUAAUUUCUCAAGAAAAAUGGUGUCACAAGUAGUCAAUAUAUGUAUGGAAUGGCAUGGCUGAUAUGCAAAAAAGAAUUCUUUAGAGAGAGAUAGCUUUGUAUAUGUAUAUAAAAGUAUAUGUAUUAUAGUCAUAAGAUUCACAAGUUAAUUUGGUGAAAGACAUGGUUUGUGCUGCCAGUUCACAACUAAGAACCCUGGCUGUGCAAAGAUAUUUGUGUUCAGUCUUGGUUUGUGAGUUAGGAAGGCUGUAUACUUUGUAAUGAAUCAGGUGCUGUUGAAAGAAACAUUUUAGACAUUUUAUGGUGCUAUAAAUAUUAAAGAAAGUUGUGUGUGUGUGUGUGUGUAUGUAUGUGUGUGUGUGUGUGUGUGUGUGUGUGUGUGUGUGUGUGUGUGUGUGUGUGUGUGUGUGUGUGUGUGUUUAUGUAAGAGGGAAAAGCUGGCCAAGGGCAACAAAAAUAUUAAAAAAGGUCCACUUACUUGCCAGCUCUCUUGCAGGUCUGAUAGAGUUAGUCAAAAGACAGGGACAGAUGUCUUGAGAUCUCCCACUUAAGUGAAGUGAAGUCAAGUCAUAGGAAGUUGGAAAUUCAGAAGUAUGCAGGGAGCUCCAGAGUUUACCAGUGAAAGGGAUAGGAGACGGUGCCAAAAGGAGUAGGAGGCAAGAAGAAGGGGUGGGGAGGACAUGAUGCGCCAGUAACAGCGGGUGUGGCACUCCAUUGCACGGCAAGAGCUGCACGAGGAAGGACUUGGCACGAAGCCCUACUGUGACCUCAGCCCCUUAACCAGAUUAUUUUUAGUCUUGCGGGGGUAGCCAAAAACGAAAACCAUGACUGAGGAGAAGAACGGGCUGACCCACGGAUCGGCAAACAGCGAGAUGGCACC